AUGGCGGGCAAAGGGAAAAGGCGACGAGGAAAUACAGUCACCAUUCCGGUCGAUUCAAACCCCACCCAGCAAAAUAUUCAAUCUUUGGAUUUUAAUGCCGAGUGUGAGGCUGAUCAGAGGAAAGCAAUCAACUUUACUGAAACAGUUGAUGAUGGUGUGAAAAGAAAACGUGGCAGAAGAAGUGAAAAGAAGCGCAAGACAACGAUGUCCAAGGGCAAAAGAGAAAAAAGGAAAAGGAGGAGAUGGAAAGGAAGUUGUUGGGGGAAANCUUUUUUCCAAUUAUCCUGGUAUAUUUUAUUUAUUAACUUAACACUCUCUUGCAGUGACAAUUGCAAAACAUCAAUAUUUGAUUACCACAGAAGCUGUACAGAAUGCUCUUUUGAUCUUUGUCUCAUGUGUUGCCGUGAACUUCGUAGUGGUCAGCUUGUGGGGGGUGCAGAUCCAAUUACGUUGGAGUUUCCGUUCAGAGGUCGUGAUUACUUGCAUGGAAAAAUUGUAGAUAAAACGGUAAACCUAACUGAACCAAAUGAUGCUGCUAAGCCUCUAAUUCGCGACUGGUCUAGAGCUGUAUGGCAUGCAGAAAGUAAUGGUAGCAUUCCUUGUCCAAAAGAAUGUAACCAUGGUUUUCUUGAACUUAAAAGUGUGUUAGGUCAAAAUUUUAUUACUAAUUUAUUGUGUAAAGCAAAUGGACUGGCACAAACAUUGAAGCAUGAGACCCCUGACAAAUUGUGUUUGUGUUCAAGGCCUGAUACUAGCGCAAAUUAUGGUAUGAGGAAGGCUGCAUCCCGUGCAGAUUCUGGUGACAAUUAUUUGUACUGUCCUAACUCUGUACAACUACAGGAUGAGGAUUUAGGGCAUUUUCAGUGGCAUUGGGAAAAGGGCGAGCCUGUCAUUGUUAGCCAUGUGAUUGAUUGUACAUCUGGUUUAAGCUGGGAACCACUUGUCAUGUGGCGUGCAUUCCGUCAGAUGAAUAAUACCAAACAUGAGCAACAUUUAGAUGUAAAGGCAAUUGAUUGCUUAGAUUUCUGCGAGGUAGAAAUUAACAUCCACCAAUUCUUUACUGGGUAUACGAAAGCUUUUGGGGAUUGGCUUCAUUGGCCUCGGAUAUUGAAGUUAAAAGACUGGCCGCCUUCUAAUUUAUUUGAGGAACGCUUGCCUAGACAUUGUGCUGAGUUCAUAUCUUCCUUACCAUUCAAGGAAUAUACUGAUCCUCUUGGUGGUUGUCUUAACAUAGCUGUUAAAUUGCCUAAAGAGUGUCUAAAGCCAGACAUGGGGCCAAAGACAUACAUUGCUUAUGGAUUUCCCCAGGAGCUUGGACGCGGGGACUCAGUGACUAAGCUCCACUGUGACAUGUCCGAUGCAGUAAAUGUGUUGACUCAUAUUGCUGAACUCAAAUUGGAUCCCGAGCAUCUUAGUGCCAUUGACAAGUUGAAACUACAGCACUUUGAGCAAGACAAGAGGGAGCUGCUUAGUGACCGCGAUGGAGAAACUAAUGUUGACGAAGUAAAAUCGGUGCCUGAAAGUGAUUCAUCCUUUGCAGGGGAUGGUUCGGAAGGUGCUCUGUGGGAUAUCUUUCGGAGGCAGGAUGUACCUAAAUUGCAGGAGUACCUGAGGAAGCAUUUUAGAGAGUUUAGGCAUAUCCAUUGCAGUCCUUUAGAGCAGGUUAUUCACCCGAUCCAUGAUCAGACAUUCUAUUUGACCGUGGAGCAUAAGAGGAAGCUUAAGGAGGAGUAUGGAAUUGAGCCCUGGACAUUCGUUCAGAAGCUUGGAGAUGCUGUUUUCAUUCCAGCUGGCUGUCCUCACCAAGUCAGAAAUCUGAAGUCAUGUAUUAAGGUUGCAUUGGAUUUUGUUUCUCCUGAAAAUGUUGGGGAGUGCUUUCGAUUAACAGAGGAAUUUCGUACACUUCCCAUAAGCCAUGUGUCUGCUGAGGAUAAAUUGGAGGUGAAAAAGAUGAUAAUAUAUGCUAUGCAAGAUGUGGUAACAAAAUUGGAGACUGCAAGGAUGAAAGUAAAUAUUCCCUUAACAGACAACUAGGAGGAGGAGGUGGAAUAAUAAAUUUUGGGUCAUUGGCUCAUUCGUGACUGUAAGAAUGGUUCCAUAUUUUGUUGUUUCAACCACGCCGGGGAAGGUUGUUUUUGGUUACCAUAAUACGACUUGUAAACCUAGCUUUCACAUCUAGCUUGUAUCUUCUAUAGAUGUUCUGUUUCCUAUUACCAACUCUUAAAUGCCAUUUAAUUGUAUUCUGAAGAAUGCAACCAGAGGUAAUAUAAAUAUUAUGUUAGAUUACUAAAUCUACUGUGUCAUUC